GCCCGAUGAGCCAGGCGCUGCGCGGAUAGAUGAGACGGCGCCCUGGCAGAGAAUCCGCGAGCUGCGGCUGCUAGGAUCGCUGCCGGAAUAUGCCGGGGCUGUUUUGGGGGCUGCGCGGGACUGAGAUAGCCUCGGUGUAGGAACCAUAUGAAGAUGCCAGCGUGAGUCUGGAGUCCGGGCAUGGAAUUCCUCACAAUGCCUCGAUCACCAUCAGGGUCUCCAGCCAUGGACUUGGAAGAGCCCAGGGACAGUCUUGUGCCCCCUGAGGACCUCACCUCUGACAGCCCAUGGGAUCCAGUGCCUGGAGGCCCCAGCAGCCUGAGUCAAAUGGAACUAGAUGGAUCAAGCGUACAGGACCUGGUGCAACAAUUUGAAGCUCUGCCAGGUGAUCUGGUGAGCCUGUCCCCAGAUGGAACCCCCUGCCCUCUACACAUUGCCACUGGCCAUGGCUUGGCCUCCCAGGACAUCACUGAUGCCCAUGGGCUCUUGUCUGCCGAGGUUGACCGGGAUGACUUGCUGAGUCUUUUGCACUCUGAGGAAUGCUCGCCUUCUCAUCCUGGUCCCCAAGAGCCUCCGGAGCCUGCCCCUCGCCUGUUGCAGCCCCCUGAGGACCCAGAUGAGGAUCCUGGCUCCCUGGAAUGGGCAGAGAGAGCCUCUGCUGAGCGGGGGGGCAGUGAUAGCUCAGGCAGCUCCCCAGAACCCUGGCUGGAGACAGCACCUCUGGUUACACCUGAAGAGCCUGCUGCCCCCACCAGUGCCCAGAGCCCCACGACCUUGGCUUCAUACCCUGCCCUCCAGGAGGUACCUGGUCCCUGUGACCAUGAAGACCUCCUAGAUGGUGUCAUAUUUGGGGCCAAAUACUUGGGCUCCACCCAGCUGGUGUCUGAACGAAACCCACCCCCCAGUGUGCGCAUGGCCCAGGCCAGAGAGGCAAUGGACCGUGUCAAGGCCCCUGAUGGUGAGACCCAGCCCAUGACAGACGUGGACCUCUUUGUCUCCACCAAGAGGAUCAAGGUGCUGACCAUUGACUCACAGGAGGCUAUGAUGGACCAUGCUCUACAGACUAUCUCCUAUAUUGCUGACAUCGGCUGUGUGCUGGUACUCAUGGCGCGGCGGCGGGCCCAGAGGCGGAUACACCAGGACAGUGGCCGCCGCCUCUACAGGAUGAUCUGCCAUGUAUUCCACUCAGAGGAUGCCCAGCUCAUUGCGCAGGCCAUCGGCCAGGCCUUCACUGUCGCCUACAGCCAGUUUUUGCGAGAAAGCGGCAUCGAUCCCACCCAGGUGGGUACCUACCCUAGCUCAAGAACUGCAGGCCCUGGCCACCUCCACAACGGGGACCUCGACCACUUCUGCAACAGUGACAACUGCCGGGAGGUGUGCAUUGAGAAGCAACGUGGGGAGGGCCUGGGUGUGGCCCUGGUAGAGUCAGGCUGGGGCUCCCUGCUGCCCACAGCUGUCAUUGCCAACCUACUGCAUGGGGGCCCUGCCGAGCGCUCAGGAGCCCUCAGCAUCGGGGACCGCCUCACUGCCAUCAAUGGGACUAGCCUGGUAGGGCUGCCCCUGGCAACCUGCCAGGCUGCUGUGCGUGAGGUGAAGUCGCAGACAUCAGUGACACUCAGCAUCGUCCACUGCCCACCUGUUACCACCGCCAUCAUCCGCCGACCCCACGCCCACGAGCAGCUAGGCUUCUGCGUGGAAGAUGGCAUUAUCUGCAGCCUCCUCCGUGGGGGCAUUGCCGAGCGUGGAGGUAUCCGCGUGGGACACCGCAUCAUUGAGAUCAAUGGGCAGAGUGUAGUGGCCACAUCACAUGCCCGGAUCAUUGAGCUGCUCACUGAGGCCCAUGGCGAGGUACACAUCAAGAUGAUGCCAGCUGCCACCUACCGCCUCCUCACAGGCCAGGAGCAGCCCAUCUACCUGUGACUACCUUGCCCCACACCUACCACUGUGCCUUAGCCUGGAAAUUUAUCCUCAGCCCCUUGGCUAUCUGUGCCCCAAGGGAUUCUUGGCCCUAUGGUAUUUCCUAUAUAAAAAUUAAAAGUAUAUUGAAUGGGCAAAACCUUG